AUGCCUGAUAAGGACGCCGGAACGCCCCGCGUUUUUCUCUACCGACAUGGAGAGACGGAAUGGUCACAGAGCGGCCGGUACACCGGCAUCAGCGAGCUCGAGCUGACAGAGCACGGCACCAAACAGGUCCUUGCGUCUGGCAAGAUCCUGGUGGGAGCCGGAAGACUUAUUGACCCCGAAAAACUUGCACAUGUCUAUAUUAGUCCCCGCCGGCGGGCGGCGCAUACCUUUGAGCUGGCUUUCAAUGACGCCGACAAGCAGCAGCUCAAGGAUGCGCAGAAGGUGUCUGAGACGGACCGUCUCGCCGAGUGGGAUUAUGGCCAGUAUGAAGGUCUGUUGACCAAGGAGAUCCGCGCGUUGAGGGCGGAACAUGGUCUGGAUAAGACCCGGCCGUGGGAUAUCUGGAGAGAUGGUUGCGAGGAUGGAGAGUCCCCGGAACAAGUUGCUGCUCGCAUCGACAGUCUUAUAGCCGAAAUUCGUGCUAUCCAUGCAGGCAAUAUGCACGGAGAGAAUCCAAGUGAUGUACUGCUUGUUGCCCAUGGGCAUACGCUGCGCGCGUUCACCAAGCGCUGGCUUGGCUAUCCGAUGGACUUUCCGCUGUCCAUGAUGCUGGAGCCUGGGGCUGUUGGUGUUCUGAGCUACCAGCACCAUAGCAUCGACGAGCCUGCUUUUCUGGUUGGAUACGGAUUUCCGCUGCAAGAGUAA